UGUCCACUGUCACUGCGGACACCUGCGUGGAUUCAGCAAAGCGAACGAUGACCUCUUGAGGAAACAUCCCGGUUGACAUCCAAAACGUGUUCGUGUUUCUGGGUCAAAAGGGACAAACACAUUGCGAUCCAACGGGUUUGAGAUUCCGCUGAAUACAAUCAACACCUGGCAUCAACUUUCACAAACAAAUGGUGGACACUGACCCGUCAGUGAUGUUUUCCGGCGGGUGAUUCUCAUCGCUGGAAGAAGCGACGACAACUUUUGCACCCGCAGAACUUAAAGCGGAAUCGAUCAUCUUCAGUGACUCACACGACAACGAGUGUGAUUUCCGGUGCCGUCUGGUUAAAACGAAGAAAUAGCAGCGGUGUCGACAACAAGACACCACGGUCUGUUUUGUUUACGGGUCUUGGAGAAGUUACUGCUGCCAACCCAACCGCCGAGUCGCGAGAUAUAAACGUCACGCCGUCGGCAGCGCGUCACCGCUUCCGACGCACGUUGCUCGUUAGUUGUUUAGCAAUUAGCCGUGAGCAGUGCAACUUACACAUCUACAAAUGGCGAAUGGAUGCAAAGACGUGUUGUUUUCACGUGGAGGUGGACAGAGUGACGAUUCAGAUAUAUGGGAUGACACAGCAUUGAUAAAGGCAUAUGACAAGGCUGUUACAUCGUUCAAGACUGCCCUUAAGGGCGAAGAGGCGCCGGAGGCCUCCAAGAAAAACCUGCCAGGAAAAAAACGCAAGAACAACAAAAAGAACCAAAGCAGGAAAAGAACGAAUGCAGCCGCAGAUAAAGAGUGGCAGGUUGGGGACCCGUGCAGUGCGUACUGGUCAGAGGAUGGCCAGCUCUAUGCAGCCACUAUCUCCUUCAUAGACGAGAAGAGAAGCACUUGUAUCGUUGUUUACACAGAAUACGGCAACGAGGAGGAGCAGAACCUUGAAGACUUACUUUCAGAGAUCUCUGAGGCUGAUGAAGAAACAAAUACCAAGGAGGCAGAAUCAUCAACAGAGGAAAGUGACAGGUCAACCACACCAAACCAUCACAAACAACAGCCACACAGUAAACCCCAGAAGUCCAAGGCCCAUAAAGAACCCCCUCCUAUGCGGGCUCCUGGUUUCCCUGGGUUUCCUCCAGGUCCUCCUCCCAUGCAUGCUUUCCGACGGGGAGGAAGCCGACGAUCUGGUGGUCACGGUCCUGUACCUCCUCCCUGGCCUCCCAUGAUGCCUUUUGGUCCACCAAUGAUCCCUCCACCUCCGCCUAUGAGCCCUGACAUGGUGGAUGAUGAAGCUUUGGGCAGCGUGCUCAUCUCCUGGUACAUGAGUGGAUAUCACACGGGAUACUACUUGGGGUUGAAACAAGGACGCAAAGAAGCUGCCAAUUGGACGAAACUGCACCACAAAUGAAAUGAGCAACUCAAUAUUUCAUAGUUUUAGGUUCUCAGGGCGUGACCUGGUGCAGCAGCCAUCUGCUGUCUGUUGUGCCUGAUGCGUGUGUUUCUUGUUUCAAUGAAAUGUUAUAAACUAAGUGUACAUGCUAUGAGUUUAUCGUAGCUCAAGGAGGAGAGUUUUGUAUUCUUUGUAAAUAGAUUAAAUAAAGGCUAUCGGAACACAGUU